GUUAGGGAGGACUGUGGUGCUUCUUUCUUUUCCAUAGCUGACAAUUCUGCAUCCCACUUGCAUUGCUCUCUUCUGGAAAAGCGUCACUGAGGGCAGGACAGAGGCCAGCUGUGGCCUUCCCAGUGCUGAGUAAAGCACAAGAAUGUCAUAGAAUUAUAACAUCAUUAAGGUUGGAAAGAACAUCUAGUCCAACCAUCAACCCAUCACCACUACAUCGCUAACCACGACCCUCAGUGCCGCGUCCACUCUUAUGAAAACCUCCAGGACAGCAACUCCACCACCAGCCUGGGCAGCCUAUGCCAAUAUCUCACCAUUUGUUUCUUCCGUCCUGCACCAUAAUCCCUUUUCUUGCCUGUCAAUCCCAUUAAGCCUUUUUCCUAGCUGCAAGUUCCUGCCAACAAGUGAUCUGGCCCAAUUAUUUUAUGAGGCGUUUCAGUUGCACUACUUCAGUGUUCCACUGCCUCCACCAAAAGUUCUCUGGAGUAUGUGAUAAAGCAGUAAUCCUGCAGUUACAUCAGCUACCACUCAUGUGACAGUGAUGAAAGGAGACAUUCGAGACUACAGUCUGCUCCUUGCUGCCAUGCAGGGUGUUCACGUGGUGAUCCACACAGCUGCUAUUGUGGACUGCAGAAACACUUUACCCUUUUGGGAAAUGAAAGCUGUCAAUGUUGGGGGUACUGAAAAUGUGUUAAGGGCCUGCUGUGCCCUGAACAUCCCAUAUGUUGUCUACACAAGCUCCAUUGCUGCAGUGGGACCCAACAUUUCGCACGAGCCCAUGCUCAGAGGAAAUGAGGACACCAAAUACAGCGGGGAAGUGGAGCUGCCUUAUGGGAAGACGAAGGCCAUGGCAGAAAGACUUGUAUUAGAAGCCAAUGGGAAAAAGCUCAGCAAUGGUGGUAAACUCACGACCUGCAUCAUCCGCGCCAACACAGUAUAUGGGGAGAAAGCAAUGUUCCUUCAUGACUUGUAUUUGUCUGCCAAAGCCCAUAACGGUGUGUUGAACUACCUGGAGCCUGAACACACAGAGCGCAAUUCCACGUACGUGGGGAAUGUCGCAUGGAUGCAUGUUCUCGCAGCCAGGCACCUGCAGCUGAAACCAGACAUACUUGCUGGGCAGGUGUAUUAUUCCUAUGAUGACACUCCGACAACAAAAGCUUUUCUGAUCAGGUAUCAGCUCUUGUCCUGUAUGGACCCCUCAAUAAGAUUGGGCUCACACAUCCCAUACUGGAAGAUGUGGUUACUGAUACACCUGCACAGGAUAAUCGAGGUCAUCCUGUCCCCUUUCUGGAAGCCACAGCCUUUCCUAAACCUCCCUUUGCUGCACACGAUAGUCACCACCUUCUCCUACGAGACAGACAAAGCCUUCAGGCACUUUGGGUACAAGCCCCUCUACAGCUGGCAGGAGAGCAAGGUGCGGACGGCGCGGUGGCUGGAAGUGGCCAUGGGGAACCUGUCCUCUCAGUGAUGGAAAGAACCCUUCCUAAAGAUCCUGUUACCCUUCAUACGUGGCUUAUUACAUCUGUUUUGAAAUAUUAUCCUAUAAAAAUAAACUCCUACUCUCUUGCACUGACAGCACAGGGGCUGACUUGCAUUCAAGCCCCAUGGUUGGAUGCCUACAAGUUCAGGCAGUUUUCACUGGAGUUCGAAGAAAUGGGCUGUUUUUACUGCAGUGGUUAACAUCCAAAAUUAAUUCUGUCAGUUUGAGACUGCUUAAGUACUCCUGUGUUCUGUGAACAUAUAAUCAUCUCUUGAGUUUUCCUACAGUUGAAGUGUAUGUGUGCACAAAUAAAAGCUCAUUUUAAUUACUUCCCUAAUCCUCCUGGAAAAAAAAAAAAAUAGAAGCAAGUUUCAGCAUGGCAUCUUUGAUAGAAAUGAUCGAGAUUUGCUUCUUGUUAGUCAUAGUAAUUACCCUGGAAAGGAAGUGAAGGAAUACUCUGGGAGCUGCCAAGUGAACUCCAUGGAAAUUCACUCACAGGAGAGUUCUUUGCAAAAUGAGCUUCCAAACCAAAAAUAAUUUGCUCAGGUAAUUCGUGAAUAAUUUCAUAUGACAAAUAAAUCUGGGGCAAACCAUUACAAUCUGUCCACAGAGAAUUUGGGAAGGUGAACCGUGCAAGUUAUGGAAUCACAGAACGCUUGGAGUUGAGGGACCCUUCAGUGCCACCUGGUCCCACGCCCUGCGAUGCACAGGGAUGCCCACAGCUCUCAGUUCCUCACUUUUUUACUCUAAUCAUUUGUGCAGAGAGUUUUUAAAUAAAGUGAUUAGUAAGAUUACUGGA